AUGCAAUCUAUUCACAAUGAUGAAGACUGGUCAAUAAUUUCAUCAUCUUCGGAUAUGGAUGAUGACCAGUCAACUGGUAGUUCGGCGCUUGGAAGUAGCAAAGAACUAAGUUUAGACCAAGAUAAAGAAGUUUCUAGCGUUGGAACAUUAAAACUACCAGUAAUUGCCCCGGAUUUUGAAACAACAAGCAGAAUUGAAACAGCUAAGAGCCCUAAAAAGCCUAUAGUUGAGCCCAUUAUAGAGGAUACUUCACACGAUGAGGAUAGACAUAUUGAUAAUGUGAUCAGAUUUUAUGAGAAUCUUUCUUUUAAAACAGGAAAAUGGAAUGAUUCGAUUAAGCAGAAAUCAAGCGAGUUCUACCAGAACGUAGCCAAACUGAGGCUCGAACAAUUUAAUAAGUUUAUUUCGUCCAAAGAUGCCAUAGAUACAGCAAGUGAUAAAGCAAGCGACAAUAAUGAUGUCAAAAGGGAUGUUGGAGCAUUAGAUAUCGUGGAUAUUGCCGAGGCACAACGGGAACUGACAGAUGAUCGCAAAUGCAAAUCAAAUUGUGGUUUCAAACUUGCAGCAUUGCAAGAUUUCAUGGAGGAGAAUUCGGAAUAUUUAUUUUAUUACUUCGUCAGCAGCAUUUUAGGAGUAGUCUCAUUGCUUGGAUUAUAUUAUAAUGUCAAUUGGAAUUCAAUAUUAAGUCAUCAAAAGCAACUGCCAACACCAUCAGUAUUGAUGACAACUUUGAGUUAUUUUGAUCAGACAGCGUUGAAGUGUAGGAACUACUUGGAGGGUCUAUUCUAUGAAGAUUCAUAUCCAACAUCAAAAUAUUUCGGCUUAUAUCAAGUGGCUCCUUCGAAAACAAUUAAAUUUUCUAAAAAGAUGAAUACUUGGAAAGAAUAUGAUUAUGCACGGUUAAUUGAAUAUUUGAAUAUCAUGAAACAUAAUAGAAUCAUUAAUUUCAAAGCAUGGUAUAAUUGCAUUAGUCAGAAUCAGUCUGCUAAGCUUAUUCACUUGUGGCAUCACUUUAAGCUGCGGUAUAUUGUGAAUCUGUAUGACUUGAUUUCCUCUGAAUUGCAUCAAAUACCCGGUUAUAUAAAGCUUGCAAAUAACUCGCUAUUGGGUUCGCUUGAUAGAUAUUGGAAGAAGAAUUUUAUGGGAUGUAUUCUUCAUAAGGCUAAAUUCAACGUUGAUAAGACCGCGAGAUAUAUUUACAGAUCAAGUUACCCUCUUCGAAAGCUUGUUGCUGAUUCAAUGAAUGUUUAG